AUGGAACCGCAGUUGGGUUUGCAUGAACUGCUGCACGUCUUUUCCUUCUUGGAGGCCCGCGACCUGCUCUGCGCCGCCCAAGUGGACAAGGUCUGGAAUGAGGCUUCAAGGACCAAGGAACUGUGGAGGCAGCUGUGUCUGAGACGCUGGUCCUCCUGUAAAGCCUCCCAGAUGACCCUGGGCACACAGACAUGGAAACAGUACUAUCUCCGCCGAUCUGAGCUCGAGUUCCGAAUGGCAUCUGGGCGGCCAGGGGACUUUACCUGCAGAGCCCUUGCUGGGCACAAAGGAGAGAUAGAUAAUCUGGCCUACGUCUCAACCAACGAGUACCGAUUUGAUGGUCGGGAGAAGUCCGUGGUGUGCACCAUCUCCUCAGAUGGCACCGUGCGUGCCUGGGAUCUGCAUGAGGGCAUGGAGCUGUGGUCGAGCCCUGUACAGUCUACUCCUCUGGUGCAUCUGGUGACCUACCCUCGGCUGCAGCUGGUUGUCACUGUGGAUGAGACAGGGCUGAUCAAAGCAUGGGAAGCAGAGAAUGGGUGUGAGCAAGCCGCCUUCUUGCUGCCCAUGUAUUCAUCUACAUUGGAGGCCUGUGACAUUCCAGAGGGCCCCCUCUUGCUGGCCACCUGUGCUGAAGGGGCAGUCUACACACUCACGGUGCCCUGGCUGCAGCUGCUCUCCAGAGUCAGCGUGUUUCCCAGCAACCCCACCAGUCUCCUCUGCUCACCUGACCGGCAGUGGGUGUUCGUGUCAACCCCGAACUCAGACUUGAGCCCGGAGGUGUUCUACACUCAGUCCUUGCUGUGCCAGUCGGAAGAAGAGACUCCUACCUCUGCCACUCUCCCCAUCUGGCUGACAUCCAGAGCCUGCUGGGCCCCCGACGAGGCAGCCAGGCUGAUGGUGAUGCACAGAAAUGACAACGGCAUGCAGUUGGUCAUCACCACCUAUGAGCUAGGGACCAAGAAGUCCAGGGAUAGAGCGGACAUUCUCGCACAACAGAUUGCGAGCUUCCUGCUGCCAGACACCAUGAUGCCUCCUCACCUCAUGAAGAGCCACGGCUCCCAGGUGAUCCUGCUGGUGUCCGGCUCGGAGCUGGUGCUCUUCACCAUUCACGGCCUGCAGCUGGUGGCCUUUCAGGACCACCAGAGGCCCAUCACGUCCAUGUGGGUGGACCAGACUCGAGUCAUCACCUCUUCUUUCGACCUCUCCCUGCGAGUCUACAUGUGGAACAAGGAAAAUAAAUUUCCCGUCCUCAAGAGCUGCUAUCAUUUGCUGGGUGGGUCUCACAGAUGCGCCAGUGGAUUUACUCACGUGGAGAGUGACGGUAUGACCAUUGUAGGCGUGGAAACCAGAAACAUCGGAACUAGUAUUCUGAGGUCAUAUUACUUCCAAGUGCAGUGUGGCUAA